GCAAGGCAAAGUCGCCCGCACCUAAACCAUCUUGCGCUGAAAGGUCACUUCGAGAUUUCACGUUUAUCGUUUUGAUAUCGACAUUUUUUCAUCAGAAAAUGUAUUUCAUUUCAUUGAAAGCGACAUAAGACGAAGAGGUAGGACGGCAUUUUGGCAGAUUUACAAUUGGGUCUAAUCCGGAACAAUGGCGAAAAGCAUCAAGCGGCUGAUCUAUUUUGUGUUACUGGCUUGCGUCUCGGAUUUAAUCUGUGGCCGACUGCAAUACGUGGUUCCGGAAGAAAUGGAGCGCGGUACUUUUGUGGGGAAUAUAGCGGAAGAUUUAGGCCUAAGCAUUGGAGAGAUGUCAUUUCGCAAAUUUCGGCUCGUCUCUGACGACGGAAAGCAAUUACUGAAGGUGAACAUGGAGAAUGGUAUUUUAGUUGUGAACGAGAGAAUUGACAGGGAAAUUCUCUGCGGACGAAGCGCGACCUGUUCUCUUUCUCAGGACAUAGCGGUUGACAAUCCACUGGAAAUGCAUCGUGUCGAUGUGGAAAUAUUGGAUGUAAAUGAUAAUUCGCCCAGAUUUCUCGAAUCGAGAUACACUUUACAAAUAUCUGAGUUAACCGCAGCAGGAGCUCUUUUCCCACUCGAGAGUGCGCACGAUGCGGAUGUGGGUACAAAUGCAGUGAAUAGUUAUGAAAUCAGCACAAACAAGCACUUUGGCUUGAAGGCUCACACCAGAAGUGAUGGCAGUAAAAUUGCAGAGUUGAUGUUAGAAAACCCCUUAGACCGUGAGCAAGACUCCACUUUUCACCUGACGCUGACGGCCAUUGACGGUGGAAUUCCUCGAAAAUCUGAUACUGCAGAAAUAGUCAUCACUGUACUAGACGUAAACGAUAAUGCCCCAGUAUUUGAUCAUCAGUUAUACAGGGUUAACGCAUUGGAGAGCUUACCUAAAGGUAGCUUGAUCUUAACGUUAAAUGCUGUUGAUUUAGACCAAGGAACAAAUGGCGAAGUAAGGUACUAUUUAACCAGCCACGUUUCUCAUCGGGUGAGGGAGUUGUUCAGUUUAGACUCCGAAACUGGACAUAUUAUAGUUCAAGGUUCACUGGACUAUGAAGAAGAGAAGAUUUACCAACUGGAAGUAAAAGCUGUGGACAGAGGUACUCCCGCAUUGGCUGGGCGCGUCGAGGUUCUUGUUGAAUUGAUUGACGUUAAUGAUAACGCGCCGGAAUUGAAAAUAAACUCGCUAUCCAUUGAAGUAAGCGAAAAUGCUACAAGUGGGACUGUGGUCGCUAUAAUAAGUGUAAUGGAUCGUGAUUCCGGUGAAAAUGGACAAGUGCAGUGUAGGUUGCCACCAUAUAUCCCGUUUAAACUUCAAAGAUCUUCACACAAACAAUACAGUUUAGUGGUCAGCGAUACAUUGAAUCGCGAAAUCUCUCCUUUCUAUAACAUUUCCAUUUCAGCCUGGGACGCAGGAUUACCCUCUCUUUCAACAAAUAAAACUAUCCACAUUUCAAUUUCUGAUAUAAAUGACAAUGCGCCACAAUUUACACAGUCGUUAUAUAACGUGUUCUUGAUGGAAAAUAAUGCUGUUGGUGCAUCAAUAUUGGCCGUUACCGCUUUAGAUCCUGAUUUGGGCAAGAAUAGCAAAAUAUCAUAUUUCCUCCUGGACAGUUUCGUGCAUGAAAGUUCUGCGUCUGGUCACUUUAGUGUUAACUCCGAAAGUGGGCGCAUUUACGCGCUAAGUUCUUUUGAUUAUGAAAUUCAGAAACAAAUUAAGAUCAAUGUACAGGCUCGGGAUGAUGGAACUCCAUCACUCACCAGCACUGCUCUCGUCAAUAUUAUUAUUCUGGACCAAAAUGAUAAUGCACCAGUCAUUUUGUCACCGUUAAAGGACAACAGUUCGAUUGCGAUUGCGUCAAAUUCGGCACUUCCCGGAUCCUUGGUGACCAAAAUAAUUGCUACUGACGCAGAUUCUGGACAGAAUGCACGACUUUCCUAUAAGCUCCUAGAAGCUACUGAUCACAGUAUUUUUAGUGUCGGAUAUACCUCCGGGGAAAUUAGGAUAAUGCGAAAUUUUAGGGAGCAAGAUGCUCUCAGACAGAAGCUUGUAGUUUUGGUCAAUGACAAUGGACAGCCGAGUCUCUCGAAUACAGUCUCAAUUCUGUUCACAGUCCAAGGUAACGUUAGUGAAAAUACCUUUGAACGAAAAAACAAACUUAGAAGCCCAGAAUUAUUUUCAGAUUUAAAUUUUCUAUUGAUCAUAAUUUUAGGAUCAACUUCCUGCAUAUUUCUAAUCAUAAUACUUCUUCUGGCCACUGUGAAAUGCCAACAAGAUCGGAAUAUUUGCUGCUGCUACCGGCAGGAUAUUUCAACCGGAGCCUCUCGUUGUAGAAGCGUCGCAAAAGCAAAUUUAAAUUAUCCAGAUAAUGUUCAAACUCUGCCUAUGCGGGACUCAUACGAGUACACGGUCUGUCUCUCACCCGAGUCAUCUAAGAGCGAUUUUUUGUUUUUAAAACCAUGUCACCAGACGUUGCUUGUGGAUGACAUUAAUAUUUGUGACACAGACCGAGGGAAACAAGUCAUAGAAGCUGAGAGUUUUGGGGAGACCAUUCUGGAGGUUAGAUCCAAGAUAAGAAAAAACAUAGGCUUCAAAUUUGGAAAUGCUAAAAAUGAGGAUUUUCAAGUCACUGGAUUGAUACGAAGAGUUAAAAGAAUGGAGGAGAUUACUGAGGCAGGGAGAAGUCAAUACAUUCAGAUAAACCGAAGAGAUAGGACGGCAUUUUGGCAGAUUUACAAUUGGGUCUAUUCCGGAACAAUGGCGAAAAGCAUCAGGCGACUGUUCUAUUGUGUGUUACUGAUUUGCGUCUCGGAUUUAAUCUGCGGCAGACUACAAUACGUGAUUCCGGAAGAAAUGGGGCGCGGUACUUUUGUUGGGAAUAUCGCGGAAGAUUUAGGCCUAAGCAUUGGAGAGAUGUCAUUUCGCAAAUUUCGGCUCGUCUCUGACGACGGAAAGCAAUUACUGAAGGUGAACAUGGAGAAUGGUAUUUUAGUUGUGAACGAGAGAAUUGACAGGGAAAUUCUCUGCGGACGAAGCGCGACCUGUUCUCUUUCUCAGGACAUAGCGGUUGACAAUCCACUGGAAAUGCACCGUGUCGAUGUGGAAAUAUUGGAUGUAAAUGAUAAUUCGCCCAGAUUUCUCGAAUCGAGAUACACUUUACAAAUAUCUGAGUUAACCGCAGCAGGAGCUCUUUUCCCACUCGAGAGUGCGCACGAUGCGGAUGUGGGUACAAAUGCAGUGAAUAGUUAUGAAAUCAGCACAAACAAGCACUUUGGCUUGAAGGCUCACACCAGAAGUGAUGGCAGUAAAAUUGCAGAGUUGAUAUUAGAAAACCCCUUAGACCGUGAGCAAGACUCCACUUUUCACCUGACGCUGACGGCCAUUGACGGUGGAAUUCCUCGAAAAUCUGGUACUGCAGAAAUAGUCAUCACUGUACUAGACGUAAACGAUAAUGCCCCAGUAUUUGAUCAUCAGUUAUACAGGGUUAACGCAUUGGAGAGCUUACCUAAAGGUAGCUUGAUCUUAACGUUAAAUGCUGUUGAUUUAGACCAGGGAACAAAUGGCGAAGUAAGGUACUAUUUAACCAGCCACGUUUCUCAUCGGGUGAGGGAGUUGUUCAGUUUAGACUCCGAAACUGGACAUAUCAGAGUUCAAGGCACACUGGACUAUGAAGCGGAGAAAGUUUACCAACUUGGAAUACAAGCUGUGGACGAUGGUACUCCCGCAUUGGUUGGACGCACCGAAGUUCUUGUUGAAUUAAUUGACGUUAAUGAUAACGCGCCAGAGUUAAAAAUAAGUUCGCUCUCCAUUGAAGUACGCGAAGAUGUUACAAGUGGGACAGCGAUCGCUAUAAUAAGUGUAAUGGAUCGUGACUCUGGCGAAAAUGGACAAGUGCAAUGUCAGUUGCCACCAAAUAUUCCUUUUAAACUCCAAAGAUCUUCAAACAAACAAUACAGUUUAGUGAUCACCGAUACGCUGAAUCGCGAAAUCUCUCCUUUCUAUAACAUCUCCAUUUCAGCCUGGGAUGCAGGGUCACCGCCUCUUUCUACGAAUAAAACCAUUCACAUUUCCGUUUCUGAUAUAAACGACAAUGCGCCACAAUUUACACAGUCGUUAUAUAACGUGUUCUUGAUGGAAAACAAUGCUCCAGGUGCAUCAAUAUUUGCCGUUACCGCUUUAGAUCCUGAUUUGGGCAAGAAUAGCGAGAUAUCGUAUUUCCUAUUGGGCGGUUUCAUGCAUGAAACUGGCGACUUUCGUGUUGGCUCCGAAAGUGGGCACAUUUACGCGCUCCGCUCUUUUGAUUACGAAAUGCAGAAGAAUUUUCAGAUAAACGUUCUGGCUCAGGACAGAGGAAUUCCCUCACUGACUAGCUCUACUCUUGUGAGUAUUGUUAUUCUGGACCAAAAUGACAAUAUUCCAGUCAUAGUAUCACCUUCAAACGAAAACAGUCCGUUUGUGAUUGUACCAAAAUCUGCACAUCCCGGAUACUUGGUGACCAAAGUAAUUGCGACAGACGCAGAUUCCGGACAGAAUGCAAGACUUUCCUAUCUGCUGAUAGAAGCUACUGAUCACAGCGUGUUUAGCGUGGGAUUUACCUCUGGCGAAAUCAGAACAAUGCGAAAAUUUAAUGAACAAGACGCUCUUCGACAGAUUAUUGUAAUUUUGGUCAGUGACAAUGGACAGCCGAGUCUCUCCAGUAAAGUCUCAAUUCAGAUUACUGUCCAAGAAAACGUUACUGAAAAUACCUUUGAACAAAAAACCAAACCUAGAAAUCCAGAAUUAUUUUCAGAUUUAAAUUUUGUGUUGAUCAUAGUUUUGGGAUUAACUUCCUGCAUAUUUCUAUUAAUAAUACUUUUUCUGAUCUUUGUGAAGUUCAAACAAGACCAGAAUAUUUGCUGUUGCAUGUCCAGAGUCUGUUACUACGGACAGAGGAAUUCAACCGAUGCCCCUCAAAUUACAGCAGUUCCAACAGCAAAUUUAAAUUAUCUAGAUUCUGUUCAAACUCUGCCUAUUCGGGAGUCAUAUAAUUACACCGUUUGCCUCUCACCGGAAUCCUCUAAGAGCGAUUUUUUGUUUUUGAAACCGUGUCACCCAAAGUUGCCUCCGGAAGAUAUUAAUAUCUGUGAUUUCGAACGUUAAUGCAAUGAAUCAAUAAUUAUUGCAAUCAAAUUGCAGUUUCUGCAUCUACAUGUAUGCAAGACAAGAGAAGCCCAACGUUCCACGUGUGAUGAUUUUUUGGAGUGCUGCCGCGCCUAUGCAUCAGUCGAGGCGGACGAAAACUGCAGAUGCAAUGUCUGAAGUGCUACUUUGUGACUGGUAUUAACAAUAGAAUAUCUGCUGAUCUUUUAAAUAUUUAAUCUUUACGGUUGAAGUGCAGAAAAGUAUGAUAGUAAAUGCAUGGUGACAGGGACAGCUUGCUAUGGAAUAUGUUAUUUUCAGCAUCCUACACUCUAUUUAUGUAUUGAAUUUUGACCAUAGCUUCUCACGCAAAGAUUCACAAUGUUUGAGUAAAGUAUCAUCGUUUUAUAAAUA